AUGCCACCUUUGGUCAUGACAGACAAAGAUGCAUGGGAUGAGGUUGAGACGCAGCUGGCAUUGCAUCCUGAGGAUGGUGAGGAAGCAGAGGUUGGCAUGAGGCUAGAGGGAUGGCUGGAUGCCAUGGAAGAGGUGCAGCAUAGCAGUAUGGAGGCUGGAGCAUGCCUGGACCAACCCCUGCAUAAAGACAAAUACAAACCCACAGAUGAGAUGCAGCUGCAGCCGCAGCUGCAUCAGGAUCCACAGCUGGAACCUCAGCAGUUGCCCCCAGAAUUGCACAUGUCAUAUUUUGAGCCACCUCAGCAACUGCCCAUGUCCAAAGGAGGGGGGGAUGGUACCACUUGCCUCCUGACUGCCACUGUGUCUGCUCCCACCAAAGAAACAGACACAGGUUUGCUGCUACAGACUGAGGGAAGGCUAUUGAGCAGUCGUGGCUGGACAACAAGCAGGACUGCCACCCCAGCCCCGCAAUAUGAAAUCAAUGAAGUAGACCUGGAUGAAAUGCAGUUUGGAGAAGCUCAUGAGCUUGAUGGUAUGGAGCAGGAGGAAGAAGUACCCAACAAGGAAAUUGAAAUCAAUGAGAUUGAGAAGGAUGAAAUCCCACAUACUAGCCUGCCCACAACAGUGUCACCCAUGACUGCCUCAGCUGUGGACUCCAUAUGGGAGACAAUUUGGCAGUCAGCUGCUGCACCUCCUCAAGGGACCAAAGUGCCAGCUAUCUGCAUUCAGUCCCAUCCACCACUGCCUGCAUUAGACGAUCUGCAUGAAUGUCUCCUUGCUGUGAAACAGAGGCUGGCACAGGAAGGGGCAGAGUUUGUUGUGCACAAGACAACUGAGCCAGGAUGUCCAUCUCUCCAGGAGGUGGAGGACUUGUCCUUAUUCACCUCCACUGUCACCAAGCUCUCCAACUUCCUGAAGCACCACUACAGCACAACCCCAACACGUCUUGCUGAUGCCCUGCUGCAUGAUAUUUGUGCUGCUGCAGCUACCCAUUUCUCAAAGAGUUUCAAUGCUUGGAAUGACUGGCAAGCCUGCUGCACAGAACAGCACCCAGACUGGGAUGGUCCCUGGGUGAAGAGUGAAUGGGCACACUUGAAGGAGCAUUGUCUGCCAAUGUCAGCACUCUGGCCACAGCUGUGCAAUGUUCUCCAUUCACAUGCAGUGCUGGUUUCAGGCCAAAACAAGGACCUCUCAGUGCCUGAUAAUGCAGGACGUGCUGCGGCAGCACAUCAUAUGCAAUUUAACAAUUAUGCUCAUGCUGAACAGUUGGAGAUUUCUCAGAUGGAACAGUUUGGGAUUGACAAAGUCAUUUUUUUGGUCUCUCAGAAUUUGCAAGAUGGCCCCCAAUAUGCAUGUUUCAUCUUGUCCACUGGUGCUGCCACUUUCUUUGAUAUUGACACAUGGCCUGGCAGAUGGCAGAAAGCUGUAGAUCUCCAGUCAUACAUGAAGACACUCACCUUGGUGAAGGAGAGUUAUUAUCAGACCAUCUCACUGUCAUCUCUCCCAGACAAUCUUCCCAUUUACUUUGAACUCCCACCUGGCUAUAUCCCAUGGGCUGCCUCUGUUGAGCACACCCAGGUGCAGCCUGGUUCCAGGCAGGAGCUACUGAUGCUGCAGCCCCUGUCCCUGCUGCAGCCCACUAUCAUGCUGCAGCCCACCAGCACACUGCAGCCCACUGCCAUGGGUCAUUUGCCCCUGCCAGCAUUGGAACCCAGCAACCCUGAACCAGAAGCCCUCUCUAGGAAUGCUGUGUUCCCUGUCUCCUCAAUGCCUCCCUCUUCCUCGUUAACCGUCUUCCUCCCUCCUUCCCUCCCUCCUCUGCGUCUGCUUGGGGAAUGGACGAAACUCGGCGUGAGAGAGCGAGAGCGACGCUACUUCGAUUUCGGGGUGCGGAGGAUGCGGGGUUUGAUGUGUCCGAACCGGAGGCGACGAGACCGGGGAGGUUGUCCAUUUUUGGCUUCGGCUUGGACUUCGGUGUGUUCGGCUCAGAAAUCACAACAACCUCCUGUACAAAUGGGCUCAAAUGCGACAGGAGCACCUUGCCCAUGCAUGGCAUACGGCACCGUUGGGCACCCUUUUCCCAGAUUGGCCUUGUCCACCACCGACUGGGGCUUGACGUACUCCAUCCCCUUGCCCAGUCCUAAGGAACCUUCGGAUGACCUAUCCGGAGGAUGUUGCAACGGUCUUCUAGCAUGUGAGGGGAGCCGGAGUGGAGGGAGGGCAAUCACCCGGCUGCCUCUGGUGGAAAGAGCGGAGGAUGAACUCGAAGGCUGGCAACAUAAAACCCACUCGGAUGGAUCACAGGAGUCUUGA